UGAUACCUCAAAUCUCUUUAUUAAAAAAAAAUUGUGUAGCUCUUUUUGUAAACCCCGUUCUUAAAGUUGAGUCCACUGACUCUAAAUUUAGUUAGUAAAUUUUAAUAAUUUCGAUUUGUUAUUGGAACCAUGGUCAAAUGUCAAACUUUACAGAAGAGAAAUGGCAAAAGAGCGGGAAAAAGUAUGGCGUCCUUUGCUGUUCCUAUCGGUCUACUUUGUAAAAUUUUCAAAAACGUCUGUCUAGAGUUAGAGAUUACCUUAGCGAUAGAGAGAUGUACUGCUGUGAGUAAAAAUUAGAAAGACUUUUAAAUUUAAAUCUCGCGCGACAACCCAUUCGUCGAAAUAUUUUGUUUUUACUAUGUUGGUAUGACUGUCGAUGACAUCUCUGCCGAAUUCAUAAUUUUGGGAAAGUCUUUCAAUGAUAAUUGCUUGUCGCGAGUAAGUAUUUUUGAUUGGUACAAAUAAUUCAAAGAGAGUGGAAAACGCGUUUACGACGAACCAUGUCCAGACGACCAAAUAAAGGAAUUGGUGGUUGAGAAUCGACGAUUAACAGUUAGAGCUCUUACUGGCAUCUUUGGAAUUUCGGUAAGAUCAGUGAAUAUAAUUUUUAAAGAUUAUUUGGCCUAAGAAAAGUGAAGGCACAAAAUUUUUUCGGCGUCACGUUAACGUCUGUGAAACAAUGCUUUCCGACUACCAGAGUCUUGGAGCUAUGUUUACGACCUGGAAACAGACUAUCAAUCGCCCGAUUAUCGUGACAAAGGUGAGCCGGGACCGAAAAGAACACGUUAAGCAGAUCAAAAACCAAGUUUGAGUCCAAGUUUGGCAUUCGCUAGUCGCGCACCGGUCAGUAGUAGAAAUUACAAUAUAUAUAAUAUCUAUAAGCAAACCAAAUGCAAGCAACUUUUCAUAUAACGGUAACCAGAACGAAAAGCGCUCUAAAUGAAAUUUCAACAAAAUCUACAAUCGCAUUUAACACCCGAAUGGCGUACACAAUACAUCGAUUAUGGCUUCAUGAAGCAAAUGAUACUCGAAGCGGUUGAGAAUGCGCCAACCGCCAACAGCGCCGAGCUAACGGAACAUUUUACACAGUUUCAGCAAAAAUUCUUUGAAGUUUGCGAUAAGGAGUUGGAGAAAAUCAAUUUGUUCUACGAAGCGAAAUUGGCCGAGAUCAAUCACAAGUACACAUUACUACGCGAUGAGAUGAAGUUGGCCGAAGAGACGGCCGGCACGGUGUUGUUGGCGCGUCCAUCGAUACGCAUUAAAAAUCAUCAAUAUCGACAAACGAUCGACUUGACUAGAAUAUUGACGCGACAUGCGACACACGAUUUCAAGGCGGCCUUUAGUGAGCUCUACUUGAACGCGAUACUCUUGCGCAACUAUCAGAUUUUGAAUUAUACCGGCUUUCGUAAGAUGCUCAAGAAGUACGAUAAGCGCAUUAGUGGCAGAGCCGGCUAUCACUAUUUAACCGGGACAGUGGAUAAAGCGGUAUUUUAUACGAAUCGUGAAACUAAAGUGCUUUUGAAAAAAAUCGAGGACAUUAUGACAUACAAUCUGGAGCAUGGUAAUCGUCAUAAAGCUAUGGAGCGGCUUCGUGUGCCGCCGCUCGCUGACAAAUCCCAUCCAUGGACCUCGUUUCGUACUGGUUUUUCUCUGGGUGCACUUAUUAUACUCGCAAUCUUGGUUGUUUUAUCGUUCACAAUGAAAGUCAUCGACGUGGAUGUGGUAACAUGCGUGUUACUUUUUCGUGGUCCUUUUACGAUGAUUUUCUUUCUGGGACUACUCAGUUUGAAUUUCUACGUUUGGCGCUAUGUGGGUAUCAAUCAUGUGUUGAUAUUCGAAUUGAAUCCUCGAAACUUUUUGGCUGCUGUACAAAUUCUUGAGAUCGCCGUUGUAUUCGGUUGCAUAUUAUCGCUGCUGACACUCGCUUUCCUACAUUCCCAGUACCUUGGCAUGCCACCGUAUGUGUUUCCGCUGGCUAUGCCAAUAAUAAUGAUUGUCUUUCUCAUCAAUCCAAUACGCAUAUUUCAUUAUAAAUCGCGCAUGUGGCUACUUCGCUACUUGGGUCGCAUUGCUUGUGCACCUUUCUUUCGAGUCGUCUUCGUGGACUUCUGGUUGGCAGAUCAGUUCAAUUCACUCGUAGCACUGUUCGUGGACUAUAGUCACAUUAUAUGCUACUACACGACGCCAUUCGAUUGGUAUCAUGCCAAAGAGCCGACUACUUGCCAUAUAAAACAACGCUACACGGCGUUGAUACGAGUAUUGCCUGCUUGGUUUCGUUUCGCACAAUGUUUACGACGCUAUCAUGAUGAUCCUGAAAACGCUAAGAAGCAUUUAAUCAAUGCCGGCAAAUAUUCAACUAGUUUUUUUGUGGUGUUUUUCGAUUUCAUGGCGAGAAACUAUGAAGCUUCUUACAACAGCCGACUGGAUAAUCCAUUUAUCUGGUUGUGGAUAUUAGCUGCAAUCGUUGCAUCAACAUAUGGUUUAGCGUGGGACUUUCUAAGAGAUUGGGGUAUCUUCAGUACGGAUUGCGGCGAACAUAAAUAUCUACGUGCGCAAAUUCUCUACAAACCGAGUUUCUACUACUGCCUGAUUGUGGAAAAUCUUUUGCUGCGUUAUCUGUGGGCAUAUGUAUUCGUGUUGGACGCAUCAAAUGUGGUCAGCCAAAGAGUCAUGGCACCUAUAGCGGAUAUAUUGGAAGCAAUACGUCGUUUCCUGUGGAAUUUCAUUCGUUUGGAGAAUGAGCAUCUCAACAAUUGUGGCCGGUUUCGUGCCGUCCGUGAUAUCUCAAUUACAGUUAUUGAACAGCCCUAUCGUGGUUCUUUUGCGCCUAUUACUGAACCCCCUGAUAAAUCUGUAAACAGUUGGAAAGGUCGUGUUAAACUGAAAAUUCAAAGUGAUUCUAAACAGGUUGUCAAUGUUGUAUAGUAUUAAAAAGAAUAGUUUAAAGUUUUGCUUAAUUGUAAUAUAAUUAAUAUAUGAAUUGAGUAAGCAUAAAAAGUCAUGAUUAUCAAAAACAA